AUGGUGAAGCUGGAAGAAGUGAUGAAAGCCAUAGCCGGGACCUGGCUCUGGAUCAACGGGACAUCCUGGGUCGGCCGCGAGCUCUGGAAGAACUACACCCUGCUCGACGCCCGCCAGACCAUGCGCUUCGUCGCCCGGGCCUCCGACGGCAAGGCCACCGAGAUGUACUUCCGGCGCCUCGGGUGA